AUUUUUGUUGCCUCCUUGUUAAUCAUUCAUUUAGUUGACAACAGUUAAUUCAUUUACGAAAUGAGUGCAAUGAAUGGAUAAACGUCAUUAAAAAAAACAAAAAAAAACGAAAAAAAAACAUUUUACAAUAAAUGAAAUAUUUACAUAUCAACGGAAUUUAUCUGAAAAAAGUAUGAUGAACUUAUUAUGAAUGAUAAAUUAAUGAUGAAGAAAAAAAACGAAAAAAAACAGUUAUUCUAUUCCAUUGAUUCAAUUAACUAUAAAAACAAUUCUGAAAAUGUUAAAUUGUUAGUUUUCCCUUUCCUUUUUUUUGGUUUUAAAGUAACCACAUUGUUGCCAUCAUCAUCAUCAUUUACUAUAAACAUAAUAAUGAAUAAAUCAUUAUUAUUAUUACUAUUAUAUUUCAUCUUAUGUAAUCUUUUGACAAUGGUAUACAGUGGACAUAGAAAUAAAUAUGAUCAAUAUCAAAUAAAUUCUGCUUAUCAACAACCUUAUCAAAAUAAUAAAUAUAAUGGUGAUGAUUAUACUAAUAAAUAUCCAAGUGGUAAUUAUUAUUCGUCUACAGACAAUCAGUACGGUAAUAACUAUGAUAAUAAUAAAAAUGAUAAUAAUUAUGGUAGUUCCAAUUACCAACCAACGUCUUAUGAUUCAUAUACCAAUUAUAAUGGGGAUAAGUACAAUAAUAAUAAUAACAACAACAAUAAUAAUAAUAAUAAUAAUGGUGAUUAUAACAAUAACGAUUAUACAUCAACAAAUAAUAAUCAUCAAGCAAAUAAUUAUAAAGAUUAUGGAUCCAGUGAUAUAUCACCUACUAGUGAAUAUGGUAUUAGUUCAAUUGGAACUGGAGUUAUAUCUGGUUCUAAGUAUAGUCAUAGUCGAUUAAAUGUUCAUGGUAAAAUGACUGGUGUUGGACAUCAAGAUUAUGGUGUACAUUAUUUAUCAUUGACUAAAUUCCGUAAAGGUGGUGGCUAUGAUAUCUAUGGGAAAAAAAGACAAUUUUUAGACUAUGAUACACAAGGACAUGUGAAAAAAUAUGGUAAUCAACAUAUGAAAGCGAAAUUUGAAGUUGUUGGUAAUUUGCAAGGCUAUUCAACAUUCAAGGAUAAAUCAAGUUUUAAACCAAGCGGAAGUACUUAUGGUAAUUAUGGUGGUAACGGAAACGGUGGUCAAUCCUACUGAAGACUAAAACAACAAAGCACACCAGUGAACAAGGAACAAGAUCAUCAUUAUUAUUAAUAAUAAAAUAAAUAUAUUUAUAAUCAUUAAAAAGUAGUGUUUGUUCUUGACAUAACCAAUAAACAGUUGAUUAGUUAUAUGAAGUGCUUAUGAUAUUGCAAGAAUAAACGGGGUAUGCUCAACAGUACCAAAGUAUUUGAUUGAGUUUUCAAUAACUGGUAAUAAUGUUUAUGAAAAUCAUUAAGAUUUAUUGAAAGUGUUAUGGUAUAGCUAGUAUAAGUUAAGGAGAACGAUGGUGACUUUGUAUGAUGUACCAUUUUAUAGGUUAAACUGCUCAGUUUUGCUCUAGUUCCUAAAACUAUAUUAUUGAGCCAUGUUUGUUAAAGUAUUUCACUAAGAUAUCAAAAGACGUAUUUUUAUGUGGGGCUAAUAUAUUGAUAUCAAUUUCCUAGAUCAAACUUCAAACUCACAAAGUUUCUUCAGUCUUGAUUAAGUAUUCAUUAUCAAUCAGAUGUGAAAAAAAUGGAACAUAUAUCAGUUGAGUGACUGAUUUUCUCAGAAAAGUCACUCACCAUUCACACAAGCAACUUAAUUGAGUGAUGAUUUAGGGUAUUAUUCUAAAUCAAGUCAACGAUGUACCACAAAUUAGAAUCUAAGAGCUAAGUGAACCUCAAGUAAUUUUAAAAUGAUCAAAAUUAAUGAAUAAAUGAGCAAACUAAAAUUACUAACCUGUUGGUAGAUCUCCAUGUUGUUUUAACAUCACACUUAACACUUGUAAUUAAAUGUGUAUAACCUGAAAUACAGUAAAUACGUUUCAUAAGGGGUACUAUGUCAAAUCGUACAUUAUAUAUUCUGAGCUAAAUUAUGUAUUCAAAGAACGAAUUCAAUUUUAUCGAAAUCAUGCGGAGUAUCUUCACGGAGAAUAUUAAUGAAGUGUUAGGAUGUUGAUAAUCGUUCCUUUCUUUUACUUGGUUAAUUGUGAUACGAUAAGCGCAGUUUUAAAGAAGUUGACAACAUGGACUAACUACGGCUAAAAAACCAGUGAGAAUCAGGAAGGAUUGAGCAUUUAUUUUAUCUUAGUAUUAAACUUCUUAGACACAAAUGAACGAAUACAUAAUCAUGAAUUUACCAAAGAACGAAUCCAGAAGCUUCAGGUCUAGGACUGUGUAGGUUUCUUGUAAACAGGUAUUCGUGACUCUCAAUCUCACCAUCUCAACAUCUCACCACCUCAAUAUUAAACGAGUGGAAGUUUGGAACAUUUUUUCUUCAAGAGUAAAUCUAAUUGAUGUUUGGGAUCCUCAAGAUGUGUAGAAUAUCAUUCAAAUUGGAUUUAUUGUCACAGACAAUGGAAGUGUCAUCUACAUUCCCUUCAUACGAACAAUAUGUAUAGAUGGUCGUCUGUGUAUAUAAUUUGUAUGUUUUUGUUUAACCAUACUAGAUAAACACUGAAUUUGAGUCUUUCUUAAAUGUAAACUGGAAUAUCUUUUAGUUGAUUCACUAAUGUAUGUAAUCAUUUUCAAUAUAUAUUUGCCGUCCAUGAUAAACCUCCUAACACCUCAUACAAUUUUAGCUCUUCCGAAGCUAAUGAACAAUCAGUAAUGAACUGUUAUUAUUAUUAUUAUUAUUAUUA